UUCUUUCUGCAGUUUCAUGGCGCUGAGCGACCCUACUAUCCCAAGAAAGCAUUGUCUUCGAAUGAGGUUUCCUGCAGAUAUAGGUAUUACUGUACCUCUCAGCCUAGAAUUUUGCAGAUAUACGCCACUGGGACCUGGCAUACAACAGUUUUACACCUCUCCGGAUCACACCACGGCAAACUUUAGCAUUUUGUUUCGGCUGGGUUUUACCGGUUUAGCGACGUGCCAGGUGCACAAGUCUUGUUCCAUCGACAGUGAACAGUUUGAGGCGCAAUUAUGUCAGGCGUCAAAAGGAAGAUUGAAGACAAAGACCCGGAUUAUGAAGACAUCUCCGUUGUGCAUCAGAACAAGAGACAUAAAGUCUUGGAACAGAAUGCCCGGGAAGCAACGAUACAGAAGAUUGAAGCUAUCAUAAAAGAUCAGUUCUCCCUCGAAAUGAAGAACAAGGAGCAUGAGAUUGAGGUGAUCGGUCAGCGUCUCAACGAAGCGAGGAGAAUGAUGGACAAGCUGAGGGCCUGCAUUGUGGCCAAUUACUAUGCCAACACUGGGCAGCCAAAGGUCCUAGAGCAGUCUGCCAAGAGCGACCCCUCCGUCUUCAACCACCCGGCCAUCAAGCGCUUCCUGGAGUCGCCCUCGCGGUCCUCCUCCCCGCUCAACCACGGCUCGGAGACGCCCUCGCUCGUGCAUUCGGAGACCGAGUCCCUGUCCCAGCUGGGCGAGGGCCUGGACCGGGAGGGGGAGAGCUGCUGGAGGGACGAGGCCGGCCGCCCGGAACGCCGGCCAGGCCGCAACACAGGGAAGGACACCUUUGGAGUUGCGGUCCCCCGUGACGGUGAACAGCGAUUCACAUAUCACACCACAGGAGAAGAUUCGUCCCGGCUGUAUGUGAAAAAGACCAUCGUAGUGGGAAAUGUGUCAAAGUACAUCCCCCCGGAUAAGAGGGAGGAGAACGAUCAGUCAACGCACAAGUGGAUGGUGUACGUGAGGGGUUCCAGGAAAGAGCCCAGCAUAGAUCACUUUGUCAAGAAGGUGUGGUUCUUCCUGCACCCCAGCUACAAACCCAACGACCUCGUGGAAGUCAGUGAGCCUCCCUUCCACCUGACCCGUCGUGGCUGGGGUGAGUUUCCUGUCCGUGUUCAGAUCCAUUUCAAGGACCCCCGCAACAAACGCAUUGACAUCAUCCACCACCUAAAGCUGGACAGGACGUACACCGGUCUGCAGACGCUGGGUGCAGAAACGGUUGUGGACGUGGAGCUACACCGAAACUCUCUAGGGGAAGACUUGGUCCCCUUCCCCUGCUCCUCUUCCUCCCAGCAGGGGAGCAGUAGCCACCCCUCCGCCCCCUCCGCCGCCCCUCCUCAGGCCCCAGGUUCGUCCGCAGGCCCGCCCACCUCUCCAGUGCGUCUCACCCAGGACUCCCACGGCGGCACGGAGAAAGGUUGCCCGAUCAAGAGCGAGGCCGGCAGCAGGUCCGGCGGCUACGACCCCCUCCCCUCCGAGCGGACCCCGUCCCGGCCCAAAGUCACCGAGAAGAUCACCCUCGGUUCCCAUGGCAACUCCGCCUUCCAGCCAAUCACGGCCAGCUGCAAGAUCGUGCCGCAGGGGCAGGUGCCCAAUCCCGCCGAGUCUCCCGGGAAGUCCUUCCAGCCAAUCACCAUGAGCUGCAAAAUCGUGUCAGGCUCCCCCAUCUCCACCCCCAGCCAUUCGCCCCUCCCGCGCACCCCCACCUCCACGCCCGUGCACAUGAAGCAGGGCUCCUCUGUCAUCAACAACCCCUACAUCAUCGUGGACAAACCCGGGCAGGUCAUCAGCAUGGCCUCGGCCUCGGCCGCCGCCGCCUCCUCCUCCACAGGGAGUCCGACGGCAAAGCAGGCCAGCGCAGCCCAAAGCUGCCAGGGCACGCGCUCACCGGCCCCUAAAGUGCAUGCCGGCAGCUUCCUGUCGUCUGGGGUCAAGGUCAUCAUAAAGCAGGAGCCAGGGGAAGUCCUGUCUCAGCAGCAGCAGCAGAUGCUGGUUUCCACGGCAACGCCCCAGCAGUCAGCUGGCCAGCAGUUUGUCGCAGUGAAGGGCGGUCACAUGAUCGCCGUGUCGCCUCAGAAGCAGAGCGCCGGCGCCCCCGGGGCCGGAGCCACGGCCAGCAAGGUGGUGGGCAUCCCGAUGGGCUCGGCCCUGCAGUCGGCGGUCAAGCAGGUGGCCAUCAGCAGCGGCCAGAUCCUGGUGGCCAAGUCCAGCCCCGCCGUCUCCAAGGUGAUGGGCCAGAAGCAGGUGAUCGCGCAGGGCGUGGCCAAGGCCAUCGUGAGCGGGAGCGCCGGCAUCGUGGGCCAGCAGGUGCACACCGUCACCAAGGCAUCGAGCGCCUCCGCCACGGCCGCCAAGACCGGAGGCCAGGGAUCAGUUAUGGCCACCCUCCAGCUCCCGGCGAACAACCUGGCCAACCUGGCAAACCUACCUCCGGGCACCAAGCUCUACCUGACCACCAACAGCAAGAACCCCUCGGGCAAGGGCAAGCUUCUGCUCAUCCCCCAGGGGGCGAUACUGCGCGCCUCCAACCCCUCAGGUCAGCAGUCCCAGAGCGCAGCCUCUGUGAAUUCUGGGAGCUCCCAGCCUGCCCCCAGCAGCACCAGCAGCAGCAGCAGCAGCACCAGCAGCAGCAGCAGCGGCGGCACCAGCAGCAGCGCCCUGCCUUCAAACCUGUCCUACACCUCCUACAUACUCAAGCAGACGCCCCAGGGAACCUUUCUGGUGGGCCAGCCGACGCCGCAGGGCUCGGGGAAGCAGGGGGCCAGCUCGUCGGGUCACAGCGUGUCGUCCCCGGCCUCCGUCACGCAGCAGGCCAUCCGGGUGACGGCCGGGCAGAAGGCCGCCAUCCUCGCCCAGGUGGUGGGAGGCUCCCAGGCAUCGCAGGUGAAGCUGUCGGAUGGCUCGGUGAAGACGGUGACGGCGAGCCACCUGUCGAAGCCCGGCACCACCACGCUGAGGAUGACAGGGGGCGUGAUCACGGCCGCCAGCACCAGCGUCGCCCCGGCCGGCAUCGCCGCGGCAGCAUCCACGCAGCAGCCCGCCGAGGGGUCCGGUCUGAGCCCCUGUCCCGCCGCCCCGGGGGCGAAGCCCGUGGUCCAGCACCCGGUCCUGGUGGCGGCCAGCCAGGCGGCGGUCAUCAGCGUGGCCAAGAGCGCCAGCACCGCCGCGGCCGUCGCCGUGGCUAAGAGCGGCGGCCCCGCUGCCGUGGUGACCGUCGCCAAGAGCGUCAACAUGCCCGUCAUCAGCCUGGCCAAGGGGGCCGGCUCAGCCGUCGUGGGCGUGCCCAAGAGCGCCAGCCCAUCCCUGGUCACUGCUGCUUCCCUGGUCACCAGCGGGGGCGCCGUGAGCGCGAAAACGGCCGCCACGCUCUCAGGAAUGCUGAAGAUCCACUCCGGCCACAGCAGCGCCCAGCAGACCGUGCUGACCAUCCCCGCCAACCAGUUGAAGCAGCUGGGGGUGAGCGGCUCCGGCGGGGGCGUGCAGACCAUCCUGAUGCCCGUCAGCAAAGUGGUACAGUCCAGCUCUGUCGCCAAGGCCCCGGCCGCCACCAUCGCCGCCGCCACGAGCACCAGCGGAGCUGCGGCCGCCCCCAGCACCGCCGUGCAGAUCACCCCCUCUUCCUCGUCGUCCUCCUCCUCGCCCUCCAUGGCUCAGGUUUUUACAGUGAAGACAGAGCCUGGAGUGGUGGGACCCAGCAACAGCUCCACCCUGCUGACCCCAGGGACCGCCCUCCCGCCCCCGCCAGCAGCCCCUGCCCCCGCUGCUGCUGCCGUUCCUGUUCCUGCCCCCGCCGCCGUCAAAGUGGAGCAGGGGGCGGAGACACAGCACGAGCUCAUCAACACGGAACACGUGGAGAACCUAAUGCAGCUGUUAACAGCGGUGGUGAAGAAGUUUCCCCUCAUCGUCCCUGAGAAAACGGAGGCGUCUCACCCGUUCUGCGCCGAGUCCCUGGAGCAGUAUUACUCCUGGAACAUCGGGAAACGGCGGGCAGCAGAGCUGCAGAGAGCGGUGGCGGUGAAGAGGCUGGUGCAGGACGUCCUGGACAAAGCCCCCCAGCUCCAGGCCAUCCCCCCGCCCAAGACCAAGGAGGUGGUGCAGUGGUGUCGGCAGCGCGGCUACACCCCGCCCGACCUGGAGCCGCGGCGGAGCGAGGAGGACUCCAUCGAGGACAUCCUGACCCAGAUCGACAGCGAGCCCGAGUGCCCGUCCACCCUGCUGGACGCCGAGGAGCUGUGCCAGCGCCUGGAGGACCUGCAGAAGCUGCUGAAGACGGAGCCCGAGGAGGACGGCGAGCCGCUGGACAUCGUCAGCGUCCAGGAGCCGCCCGUCAAGGUCCAGGUCAAGCAGGAGGGCGAGGAGGCCGACCAGGAGCUCAAGUUCUACCUGGGGCCCUCCGCCUCCACGCAGUUCAUCAGAGACUCCGCCCAGCAGAUCGGUGUUUCGUUCCAGCAGGUGGAGGUGGAAAAGAAUGUGUACGCUCCGGCCGUGGAGGAGAUGAUCCUGAAGGCCACAGAGCAGUUUGCCAGUGAAAUCCUGAGAGAAGCUCUGGCUGGUGCAUAUCAAAAAUCUCCUCAAAACAGGGUUCCCAGAGAGAUCACGGCGAUGGACAUCCACCAGGCCGUCAGCAGCAUUCCCACCUGCGACUUCCUCACCAACAAGUACAUGGGCGUGCUGGUGCGGGAGGGCGGCCACACCGACUGACCCCGGGGGGUUAUGGGACUGCAGACCCAGGGACAACGGCGAGCAGACCGCCGGAGAAUUCCGCCCAGCCGGCAUUAAAGCGAAGGAAAGACGACCCCGAGCGGUCAAGGGUUCGAAUGAUACGACACAGAAAGAUAUCCAGACUCUACGUAGAGGAUGAGCAGUGUAGUGGUGCCGGCGGAAAUGAGCUCCAGUGCUCAGGCGCCUCACUAAACCCCUUAGUUUUCUCCACAGACAUUAGUAGGCACUCAUGCUAUGGGAAGAAGGGCAAAUCCCCUGACCCCCGUCACCUGAGGAUGGCUCUGCCAAUUCAGUGUUCCAGCAUAGUUUUUUCCCCAGUUUGGUUAGGAGAUUGUGGAAUCACAGCUACUCCCGCUGAAUUCCAGGAAGGCACAGUCAAGCAGGUUUCCAGUCUCUCUCUUUCUCCUCUCUCUGUCUCUCAUGCACUCCCCU